UUCCUGCCCUGAACUUGGGCACCUUGACGAUGCCUCUCCCCCACCUACUCAACUUGUUACUGUUUCGGUGCCUCCUCUUCACCAGACCAAGCUUAAUCCCCAACAUCCAGCAAGUGCCCGGCACGUUGUAAAGGGAUAGUGGCAGAAAUGGACGCAAGGUCAUGGCUAGGCUCCACGAGGUGGGAGGGCAGUCCCUGACAGUCACGGAUGUCUGGCGGGGCGCUCACUCCACCACGCCGCCCCGCCUCUGAGGGCGUGGCCUUGCCCCGGACACCAGUCCUGGGGAGGGGGUGUGGUCAGGGCGGGACGUGCCAGCCCCACCCCCGGAGGAGUCACGUAGCUCUGCGGCAUCCGCAGCCUCAUUUACCAGAGGGCACCAGGGCUGCAGUCGCAUCUGUUUGCCGAUCAGAACCCGAGCUGUGCUUGUGGCUACGGCUGCUAACUGGCUGCGCACAGGGAGCUGUCACCAUGCCUCACUCGUACCCAGCCCUUUCUGCUGAGCAGAAGAAGGAGUUGUCUGACAUUGCCCUCCGGAUUGUAGCCCCGGGCAAAGGCAUUCUUGCUGCGGAUGAGUCUGUAGGUAGCAUGGCCAAGCGGCUGAGCCAAAUUGGGGUGGAGAACACAGAGGAGAACCGCCGGCUGUACCGCCAGGUCCUGUUCAGUGCUGAUGAUCGUGUGAAAAAGUGCAUUGGAGGUGUUAUUUUCUUUCAUGAGACCCUCUACCAGAAAGAUGAUAAUGGUGUUCCCUUCGUCCGAACCAUCCAGGAUAAGGGCAUCAUCGUGGGCAUCAAGGUUGACAAGGGUGUGGUGCCUCUAGCUGGGACUGAUGGAGAAACCACCACUCAAGGACUGGAUGGGCUCUCAGAACGCUGUGCCCAGUAUAAGAAGGAUGGUGCUGACUUUGCCAAGUGGCGCUGUGUGCUGAAAAUCAGUGAGCGCACGCCCUCUGCACUUGCCAUUCUGGAGAAUGCCAAUGUGCUGGCCCGUUAUGCCAGUAUCUGCCAGCAGAAUGGCAUUGUGCCUAUUGUGGAACCUGAAAUAUUGCCUGAUGGAGACCAUGAUCUCAAACGUUGUCAGUAUGUUACAGAGAAGGUCUUGGCUGCUGUGUACAAGGCCCUGAGUGACCAUCAUGUGUACCUGGAGGGGACCCUGCUCAAGCCCAACAUGGUGACCCCUGGCCAUGCCUGUCCCAUCAAGUAUACCCCAGAGGAGAUUGCCAUGGCAACUGUCACUGCCCUGCGUCGCACUGUGCCCCCAGCUGUCCCAGGAGUGACCUUCCUGUCUGGGGGUCAGAGCGAAGAGGAGGCGUCACUCAACCUUAAUGCCAUCAACCGCUGCCCCCUUCCCCGACCCUGGGCACUUACCUUCUCCUAUGGGCGUGCCCUGCAAGCCUCUGCACUCAAUGCCUGGCGAGGGCAACGGGACAAUGCUGGGGCUGCCACUGAGGAGUUCAUCAAGCGGGCUGAGGUAAAUGGGCUUGCAGCCCAGGGCAAGUAUGAAGGCAGUGGAGAAGAUGGUGGAGCAGCAGCACAGUCCCUCUACAUUGCCAACCAUGCCUACUGAGUAUCCACUCCAUACCACAGCCCUUGGCCCAGCCAUCUGCACCCACUUUUGCUUGUAGUCAUGGCCAGGGCCAAAUAGCUAUGCAGAGCAGAGAUGCCUUCACCUGGCACCAACCUGUCUUCCUUUCUCUUCUCCCUCCCCCUCUCUCAUUGCUGCACCUGGGACCAUAGGAUGGGAGGACAGGGAGCCCCUCAUGACUGAGGGCAGAAGAAAUUGCUAGAAGUCAGAGCAGGAUGGCUGGGUCUCCCCCUACCUCUGCCAGCUCCCAUAAUUUUCCCAUGAUGGGGUAGCUUUUUCUUGGGCUCUCCUUCUUGCCUGCCCUGUCUCCUGGGAUCAGAGAGUAGUACAGAAGCCCUGACUCAUGUCUUGAGUACAUACCAUACAGCAAAUAAAUGGUAGCAAAACAUGCUA